CCAGGCGGACGCGUAUAUCAUCUCCCGUCUCCGAGAAGUACUCAUGCACUGGCAUAGUGGGCAUCGUGUGCCGUUUCUCCUCGCUCGUCACUAGCUGCUAUGGCCACCGUCACCACUUCUUCUUCGCCGGCCACUCUGCAGUCAUGCAGGCACGCGAGCCACGGCGUGGUGCGGUACUGCCCUCCUCUCCCGUGGAGGAGGAGGAGGAGGAGCUUCGGCCAGGUGACGACAAAAGACACGGCGAGCUCCCAAGGGCAGCCCUCGGCGACGGGCGGCCGGGUAGAGGCACCCGUUGGCGUCGCCGCGGAGGCGGGGGAGGAGGGCGACAGUAUCCGGAGGCUGCAGAACGGGCCGGACGUGCGAGGCGUGGCGCUGGAGGGGGAGAAGGGUCGGCUAGUGGACCUCACGCCUCUGGCGGUCGAGGUUAUCGCGGAGAGCUUCGGGGAGUGGCUGCGUGAGGAGCUCCAGCGGCCGGAGGGCGAGGAGCUGCGGGUCUCCGUCGGCCGCGACCCACGGCUGUCGGGCGCGAGGCUCAGCGCUGCGCUCUUCGCGGGGCUCGCGAGGGCGGGGUGCUCCGUGUUCGACAUGGGGCUCGCCACCACGCCCGCGUGCUUCAUGAGCACCAUACUGUCUCGGUUCAACUAUGACGCGUCUAUUAUGAUGACGGCGUCACACCUUCCUUACACCCGCAACGGCCUCAAGUUUUUCACCAAACACGGCGGAUUGACCUCCGGGGAUGUCGAGAAGAUCUGUGAUCGCGCGGCGCAGAAGUACGUGGCCCGGAAGAUGGGCCUCGGCGGCAGGGGCACGCCGCCUGUGGUAAUGCGCGUCGACCUCAUGAGUGCCUACUCUCAGCACCUCCGCGACAUCAUCAAGCAGCGCGUCGCGCACCCGACGCACUACGACACCCCACUGAAGGGCUUCAAGGUCAUCGUGAACGCCGGCAACGGCUGCGGUGGCUUCUUCACGUGGGACGUCUUGGAGAAGCUCGGCGCCGACACAACAGGUAGCCUGCACCUGGAGCCCGACGGCACGUUCCCCAACCACAUGCCUAACCCGGAGGAUGCCACCACCAUGUCGCUCACCCGCGACGCCGUGCUGGCCCACGGCGCGGACCUGGGCGUUGUCUUCGACACCGACGUGGACCGCAGCGGCGUGGUUGACGACACUGGCGCGGCCAUUAACGGAGAUAGGCUCAUCGCACUCAUGUCGGCCAUCGUGCUGGACGAGCACCCGGGCACGACGGUUGUCACCGACGCGCGCGCCAGCGACGGGCUCACGCGGUUCAUCGCCUCCAGGGGAGGCCACCACUGCCUGUACCGCGUGGGCUACCGCAACGUCAUCGACAAGGGCGUCCAGCUCAACAUCGACGGCGUAGAAACGCACCUGAUGAUGGAGACCACCGGCCACGGCGCGCUCAAGGAGAACUACUUCCUCGAUGAUGGUGCGUACAUGGUGGUGAAGAUUGUCAUCGAGAUGGUCCGGAUGAAACUGGCAGGAUUGGAGGGAGGCGUAGGGAGCCUCAUCAUGGAUCUCGAGGAGCCUGCCGAGUCAGUUUUGUUGAGGAUGAACAUACUAGGUGAACCCAAGCAUGCAAAACAAAGGGGUACAAUGGCCGUGGAGGCUUUCAAGAAUUACAUCCAGGAGGACAAACUUUCCGGUUGGGUGCUCGAUGAUUGCGGGGAUUGCUCAGUUAGCGAGGGAUGCCUCGUGGACACAAAUGAUCAUCCUAUCGAUGUUGAUGCAUACAUGUACAGGAGGAGGUUUGCGCCCGUGCGAAGUUACAAGUCACACGAUUUUCCUUUUUACCUAAACUUCUUGUCACAAUGUUAUUCAAGAUAGCAGACCUAUUCUAUUUCAAAACUGGAAGGAGGUUUGUGCACACGUGAAGUAACAAGUCAAGUGACACGAAAUAUGUGUGCGGGCAGUGCCUAGGAUUUGAACCAUGAACCUCUUGCUUCGCACGGAACUUACCAUCUUGCUUACGUAGCAGAUCCGACUGGAAGAAAGAUGUUUCCUUUUGAAUUAACCUAUGGAUGACUGUUUACACCAGAUACUUAAGAUUUCCAUUGCUAUCCAUCCACCAUAAAUAUACCGGUUGGUUUUAUCUAACUUUAGUACUGGGUGGUGGAUGGACGAGGGGUUUUCUAGUAGUAUCUGCUACAACCAAUUUGACAAAAGACAACACAAUCGAGUUUUCAGAAAUUUUAGUUACUAUCAAUUCCACAAUAGGUCAUUUCUUAGAACUAAAACAUUAUAUUCCACACGUCCUUAGUCCAUGGACUAAGAUGUUAAAAUAAAGAAAAAAGUCCAAAUUAGUCCCCUCAAGUAUGACCAAAGUCCAGAUAACCCCUUAACUAUCUCUUGAUUCAAUUUGACCAUUAAACUAUGUCAUUUGGUUCAAUUCACAUCCUAAUAAAAUUUGUCUUUUCUAUUUCUCCAUAUAUAAGUAGAAUCUUAAUUUAAGAUUUUGAAGGGUUGUAGUGAGCAUCUAAUGUAUGUCUAAAAAAAUAUAUUAUGAAUUUGUCAUCAUUAUUUUUACUCUAUCAAAAUAAUGAUGAAAAAUUCUUGACAUAUUUUUUCUAAAAUAUGUUAUGAUGUCCGCUAUCAUCCUACAAAAUUUUAACUCAAUACUUUGCUUGUGCAAGAUAACUAAAAAAAGGUAAAUCUUAUUAAGGGUUAAAUUGGACCAAACGAUAUAGUUUAGAGGUAAAUUGAACUAAGAAAUAACUUAUGAGAUUAUCUGGACUUUGCCGAUACUUGAAGGGAAUAAUCUAGACGUUUUCCUUAAACAAAUAACCAUGCAUUGCCGCCACAAUGGCUGUCAGGCAGCAACGGUGCUUACUCUACUAUACUUU